GAGAACCCGCAGUUCCAGAUCGCUGGUGGCGAUGGCAACCCCGUGGCCGUCACGCGCAGCAUCGCCGAGCUCUACUUCCGCGUCUUCUCGCACAUGCCGAUCAACGAGGUCAUCGCCCGCAAGAACAGCAGGGCUGCCCAGGACAGCACAUUCAGACAGCAAGUCCAAGAGGCGGAGGCGGCUUGGGCCAGCCGCGCCAACCGCACCUCGCUCGACACGGUCAGCCAGAUGGGGCAGGGGGACAACGUCUCGGUCGGUUUCGGCAGCAUGGUCAAGGUGAAGCGCAAGGUUGCCACCUUGAACAGGAUUGAGUUCACGUACCACCAUGACGGCCAGGAGCCGUUGCAGCGCUUGGUGCGCCACCACCCGACGAUGAUGCUGCCGGUUCGUGGUGCGACUUCUGGUGAACAGGAAAAGGUAUGGUUGUUAGAAGUAUUUCCUGGCGCACGCCGCACAAUGAGCUUCACCACCUUCCACAAGGUUACCGCUGGCUCGACCCCUGUGCGGCCAGAAGACGUCUUCUACCUUGGUCAGGUGGCGGACUUUUACAAAAAGGGGCUUGCCGACCAGAAUGCUGAGUUCGACUUCGACGUGGUGGACAAGGACCUUCCGACCAUCAACGACACCAGAGAGAAAUACGGCUUGCCCCCGCUCCACCCGCACCAGGCGGUUGGCAGCCACGACGCCCCCGCCGCUGAGUUUGAUGAGGCAACGCCGCCUGCCGCAGCGGCGCAUGCAGGUGGCGGUCUUGUUGAGAGCCUCGAGGCGGCGAUUGGCGGCGGCGGCGGUGCGCUCGACACCUCCCUGGCCCUGGCCCCCGUGAUCCAGUUGCCGUCCGCUUUCGGCAAGAGCGCGGAUGCUGCUGGGGGUGCCAACAAGCGGAGGCGCGUGCAGCAGAUGCCUGCAGCCCCUCUCGAGGCGUCGCCUGGCAGCGCAGGUGACAUUGCCAUCUUGGAUGACGUUGCAUCGGUCGCGGGGUCUACUCAGGUCGGCAAUGCCAGUGCGACAGGCAGAUUGAGUGAUAUGCGCCAGGGCCCCUACAAACACAUAUCGAACCUGAAUUGCGAGGCUGAGAUGCUGCAGGGGAACUUGGGGAACUUGCUGUCUCACGCCCAGAAGUGGGUGCGUGAAAAUUCCGAGAACGCCGCAAAGUGGGGCAACGGGAUGUAUGACUUGAAGUCCAGGAUCGCGAAGUUUGAGAUGGCACACAUCGUAUCAGUUCGGCAUCAUGACAGCUUCACGGACGCCGAGGUGGCGAAGGCAGUCAGGUACAUGAUCCACUUUGACGGGGAGCUCACGUUCUUCGGCGAUUGUUUGCCCUUCGACCCCAGCUGCGACGACGAGUUCGACAGCGAUUCGCCGCGGCUGUGCGCUCUGGACGUGGAGGCGGCUGUCAAGAUCCACUCGUACAUGACGUCGUUCAUGGACAGUUGGCUUUGCCCUAUCUUGCAGCAAAGGGGCGAAUCGCGUCAGCUUUUCUCUGCCGCCUUGUCCGCGGCCCGCGAGAAGGUCGCCCUCGUUGUUGCUGAGGAGUUGCCCGAAGAGUACAUGCGGUUCUUCUGUUCCUUGUCGGAGGCAUUCGACGCGCUGGCUUUUCUUGCGGGCGACGCAUCUGCCAUGACAUUGGACGACAUUUCUGAGAAGGUCAAGGCCCACGUCGCCCUCUUGAGCGAUCAGAAGUCCACCGACCCGAUCGUGUCAAGGAUCGUGAGGUUCAUCAGCGCGACACCCGUCUACAUGGACUUGCUGUCCGACUUAUCCAAGGCGUCGCAGGGGAUGCAGUCCAUGGGCCGCCAGUUAGCAUACAUACAUUCGGCGCUGACGGCCGACGACCUCACGACCCUCAGUUCGACCGAGGAAUGGUGGAAGGUGCUCGAGUGCCACGGGAACAUCGCCAAGGACAUGUUGGCUAUGGUGGAUGCCCUUGGCUCGGCGUUCGGAGACAGCUUGAAGGGUCGGGCCCUCCUGAAAGCAGACGUUGUCGUCAAGAGCUCUCUGGAUCGCGCUCAUCACGACGCUGCUUCGGAGGUAGAGGCGGAAGCGUUCAGCAAGAUGGUGUCGUAUCAGCGUCUCGUGUGGCACGACUUGCAGUGCUUCCUCGACGCGGAGUCCGAAGCCGCCGACCUGAUCGUCUCUCUGAGGAUCAUGGAGACCGCGCAGCGCGGCAUGGAGCAGGUCAGGGGCUCGGUCGCCGUCAGCGAGACUGUGCAGCAGCACGUGGAGACGCUGGCCGCCAAGUGCAUCAAGAUAGCUAUCGACGUGUCCGUUCACAGCGAGGUGAUGCGCACUGCGGCUUUGAACGCGCUCGCUGCCGCCCUGGACAUCAUGCCCCAGAGCGUCAUCCACAAGGGCGUGGUGGACGUCCUCAGGCAGCACAAUGCGUUGGCAGUUCGCCUGGCGGAGUUCAAGGCGAAGCGCGCCGCGGGCGACGGCAGCGGCAUAGAUCUCGACGCCGCGUACCAGUGCGACGGCCUCUCAGGGCUGAAGGGGUGCACCACCGCGCUGUCCGCCCUCAUGUCGAAGGGUUCGUUCCCCGGCGUCGUAGGUGAUGCCAAGUUGGUGGACAUGGCGGUGGUGCAGUGUACCGUCGCGCGCACGCUUGUCGACGAGGUUGCCUACUAUGGCCUCAAGGCCCUCGUGCCGAAGUACCAGAGCGGCAUCCUGGCGGAGCUGGACGGACACAAGGGCGGCCUGAAGAACGGCGCCGACUGGGUGGACGGGCUGUCCGCGUCAGGUGCCACGGAGAAGUGGGACAAGGUCAAGAGCGUGGGGGUGGCCACUUUGCUGGCCGACGGCGUCGCCGGCGGCCUCCGCAGGAAGGUCGCGGCAGCUGUGGAGGAGGAGCGCCGCAUCGCCGAGUGGGCCAAUAAGUACGAGCUGCAAGUCGAGGGCACGGUCCUCAGUGAAGGCAAGCAGCUCGCUGCCAAGUGCAUUGUGGUCUGGGCGUCAGCCUUCCUUCUGAAGGCAUUUUCGGAGCAGGUCGACAUGGUGGCCUUGCGCAAGGCUGCGAUGGCGGCGCAGUCGGAGCUGGCGAAGUUCAACAAGGGGCUCGGCGACAUCGUCCCAUCGGUGUUGUCCAAGCAGGCCAGCGAUGCGCUGGUCUUCGAGUGA